CCACUCCUGGCCUCUUCGUUGUAUCUAUUCUCUGAUCGAUCUUCAGAAAUGGGGAAAGGCUAUUUCCUGCAUCUUCCCAUUCUUGUGCUCUUUUUGACUUUGGGCUAUGGCUAUGGCUAUGAUCCCAAUGAAUGUUUGCCCAGAAAAUGUGGGAAUAAUGGCCCUCAAAUCUCCUUCCCAUUUCGACUGAAACACAUCCAGCCCCCAGAGUGUGGCUACCCUGGAUUUGACCUUUUAUGCACUCAUAAGGGCGAAACUGCAUUGGAGAUUCCUUUUCCACUUCUCAACGCCACCCUGCAACUUCCAUUUCCAGUAAAGUUUUUUAUAGAGGAUAUAGAUUAUGAAUAUCAGGAGAUUGUAAUAUCUCGAGUGGAUGGCUGCCUCCCACAACUGCUCCCCAUACUAAAUUUAUCUGCAUCUCCCUUUAGUUUCGAAGAUCUUUAUGACUUCAGCAUUCUCAGCUGCUCCACACACAGGAACAUCACUGCCUCGAUAGCAUGCCUUACCAAACCAGGCCAUUUCAUUUAUGCUGUGGACUCUUCCGAAUAUCUCUACAGUGCAUCAGAUCUAAUUUCUUGCACAAAAAUGUUUGACAUUUCAGUCCCCUACUACUUCAUAGCACAAGAUAACAAUGAAUUUAGAUUGAGCUGGACUGGGCCGAGAUGUAGGCUAAACAACAACAGCACUGCAGAUGAUGUUGACGACUGCUAUGGAAAAAGUCCAAGCUAA